AUGGAUAAUAUUCCACUGUUAUCAUUUCCAUAUGUUCAAUCACCUUGGAGUCAUAUAUCUUUGAACAAAUUAUUUUUGACUAAUGACAAUGAUACCAUAAGAUACUCAAUAAUAUUGGGUCAUAUACAAGAUAUCAAGCAAUGCAUAUCUACAUCCAAAAUUGAUACCAAGACCAAAGAACCAAUCGGAGACUUAAUGAGCUACAUUCAAAAUCCUUCUACGACCCCAAUUGUUCCAUUAUUAAUACGAUUUCCAUCCUCAUAUAAUAGAUUGAAAUUAAAUAUAUCCAUAAAGCCAGUGCUUGCGGGGAAUAAUGAUAAAUCAUUGGUUAUAUUGAAAACAUUAGCGGACAAUGACGACAUUAACCACUUGAAGGAGGUCUUACAGGGCCAACCUUAUGAAAGUAUGAGAAUUGAGAUUUCAAAGUUAAAUUACAACAACUUACCAAUAGACCAAAGCUAUCAAGAAUACCAACGAAUAAUUAUAAAUGAUAAUUUUAAUAAGAGUGUAUUUCAAGACAAUAUGAUGAAUAUAUCAUUAUGGGAAUUUGAUAGUGCUACAAAUGAAUACACUCACUUAUUUAAUUUCAAAGUAUGGAUCGAUGCAAGUAUUGCCAAUGAUAUUGAAUCUCCUGCGAAAGUGGAUGACCGUAAAAUCAAAGAAGACGCCGAAGAGGUAAACACACAGUCAGAUAAGAAAAUAUUAAGGUCUACUAAGAAAAUACGAUAUGCUAAAUUAGCUGAUUAUAGAAAGGUAUUUAGUUUUAAUAUCGAAGAUGGUCCAGAAUUCAGAGAAGCUUUGAAAACUUACGAGACUGAAUUGCCAGCAUUCAAGAGAAUUUGUGGAGAAUUUAUUGAACAAAGAAAGAACUUGGAGUUUUACUUGAGAAAGCUUCUCUUGUGCAAGCAAAAAACGAUUGAUCUAAUGAAUGAUUUAGUUAACUUGCAAUUUAAUUCCUUACUAUCGCACUUUAAUUUCAAGACCGACUUCAAAACUGCUAUUAAUUCCAUAUUUGAUCCUUUUGAAAAGAACUUACAGUUUUUCACAAGAAAUAUUUGUGAUAGCAAGAUUCUUGAUAAGAUUUCUUCUACUUUAUCUAGAAAUAUUACGGGUAACGAGGCUUCAAGUUCAAAUGAAUUAUUAUUCAAUAAAAAGAAUUUUGAGAAUACAUCUAAAGAGUAUUACAAUUGGCUUAAUAAAUAUUUAUCUAACGAGAAAGAGCGUCCAGAGCUGAAAUUAUUAAGCAAAAGAAAGAAAUUUGAACUAUCUAAAUUCCAUUAUUUGAAUCAUUUUAAUCAAUUAUUAAAUAACCAAUACUUUAACCAAUUGCUAGAAAACUUAUUCAAAUUUAUUAGCAUGCAUUAUCAUGGUAAGUAUUUACACACUGAAAUGUUUUUAGAUGUCAAGUUAAGCAAGAACUUAUUAUUGGGUAACUAUGAGAUAUACCUAAGUGCGUUGUCAAAAUUCAAUAGCGAAAAAUUUCAGUUUCGUCAAAUGAUAGAGGCGUGUCAAUCUAACGAGGAAUUGACUAAUGUUAUACGCUACAACAGAUUAAACCGAUAUAUCUCUAGCGAUAAUUUGGAUGCAGUUAAUGACAACCAGUAUAUCUCGAAAGAUAAUCUAGACUUAAUAUUUGCUAAAGCAUCUCAAGUGAGUACUAUCACGGCUGUUCCUAUGAUAUCACAAGAUGAUCAAAAUUCUGAAAUUGAAGGAAUAUUGUAUACGUUAGGAGGUCAGGGAAAACAAGGAUGGCAUAAGGAAUGGGUGGUGUUGAAAAACGGUCAGUUGACUGAGUAUUCAGAUUGGAGAAAAGGUAAAGUACUUAUUAAUAAGCCUAUCGAAAUUGCUUUGUCUAGCGUUAAACCCAUAACUUAUGAGAAGAGACAGCAUUGUUUCGAAAUAUUUACCUCUUUGGGAAACAAACAUGUUUUUCAGGCAAUCAAUGAAGAUGAAAGAAAUAAAUGGAUUAAAGCUCUAUAUAACGCCGGCCAGUUGGUUGACACUGACAGGUUGAAGGGGGGCAAUAAAAUAACUCAUAAAGAAAAUAAAGACAAGCAAAAAUUGGGAAGCUUAAUUACAGAUUUAGCAAGUACUGAUAAGCCUGGAGUUCCUGGGAAGACGCUGGAAUCGUCUUUAUCGCCGGUUUCAAUCCAAUCUAAAACACCGAUGCUCGAAAAGGAUUAUUUAGCACUUCUUCGAAGUUUUCCUAAUAGCGACAACAAUAAGUGUGUUGAUUGUGGGUCUACUGAAUCUGUUGAAUGGGUGUCUGUCAAUUUUUUGGUUGUAUUCUGCGUCAGAUGCUCUUCUUCGCAUAGGCAUUUAGGGUCCCAUAUUUCCAGAAUCAAAUCAUUGAAGUUAGAUAAUUUUGAAAAUGAAAAUGAAUUGCUUUUGAAAUAUAUUAAUAACAGAAUGGUCAAUGAGUACCUAGAACAACAUUUAGCACGAAGUAAAAAGUUACAACCAAGUAGCCUGAAUGAAGAACGAUUAGAUUUCAUCAGGAACAAAUACUUAAUGAAGAGUUAUAUCCCAAGUAUCGAAGGUAUUAAUGAUUUAUUAGUGAGAUCAAUUCAAAGAAUAGAGAUACAUGAAGUUAUCAAAUAUAUUAUAUGUGGUGCUGAUAUAAAUAUGCAAGUACUGAUUAACAUAGAUUCAAACCAAGAAUUUAAAACUAUAUCACUAUUUGAAUAUUCAUUGCGAAAAUUCAUAGAAAUAGAUAUUGGGACUCAAUCAAAACGGCUAUUUAUAAUUUCAGAAUUAUUAUUAUUGAACGGUUGCAAAGUCGACUUCUUGAAUAAUCUUAAUGUAGACAUCGGUCUUACGUUAGAAGCUAAGGAGUAUUGGAAGAUUAGAAGUUUAAAAUUAAACGGACUGCUGAUUUUGUGA